AUGCAGGCUCUGUCUGGUUCCGUAUCGUCUGUACUUGAUAAACCAUCACAGGUUGCAUCUACAGACAAGGUGGAGGCGACUGAGUCACCAUCUUCGAGACAAGAAACUCCUAAAGACAUAGAUGUGGAUAUCGCAGCCGAUGAUUAUCCCAAAUUAGACACAUCUACCUCCAGUGCCACUCACAUCAUCUUGAUACAAAACCAAUCGUCAGGUCUAGACGAUCCCGUGGACAUCAUGCCUCAAACCCUCAAUCAAGGUCUAGCGAGAUCUGAUAACUCAUUUCCAGAGUUCAAUCAUGAUAUCCUUGCCCUGGAAAGUCUCACACCACAUACAAAUAGCUUGAGCCACCAGCUACCGAACAUCUGGUCUUUCGAAUAUCAGAUGGGCCUGCAGCCGUACGUGAAUGCCCUAACCUCCAGCCAACAAUUCAGCGUCACACUGGGCAAGGAUUGGACAGAAUCCAAUUCCCCAUUCUCGGACCACAUUCAAGUACUUCAGAAAUUAUUGAAGAAUAGAUUGGAUCUCAUUAGACCGUUAUUCCAGCCUUCUCCACAGCUCCUCUACCAACAGGUCCUCAUGGUCCUUUCCCUGUUCAACAGUAUAACCCGACCGGACGUUAUGGCGUGGUACGCAAAGACGCGUUUCUACCACAUUGUCGACUUGACAGCGUGGCAGAUCUAUCCCUGCACAGGGACAUUAAGCAAGGUCCACGAGCAAUACAGACCCACAGAAGUACAAUUACAACAACAAUACCCCCGGGUCAUUGACUGGAUACCAUUCCCCACGAUCCGAAACCGACUCAUUCGACUACACGCAGCCAAUCCCCAAAUCGACCAAAUAUUCUGCGACACCGUCAGCAGCUACGUCGUCGAAGCGAACAUGGCCGAUCUCAUAAUGGGCGCUCCUGCUGUAACGGCCUACAUCCGAGUAACGGACGUGAUCGCGAAUAUCCCCUCAACUACACCAGGAAGUGACCCUCAGCCGUCUGCUAUGCUUCCAGCCCCGGACGCCGAUACUCUUUUCUCGUCCCCGGAAUACGCUCGAGCUGUGUUUAAAAAACUGGAUAUCGAUCGUGGGAUAUCACAUUAUAAGAUGGAUCCUGCUUUCUUCGACCGGAUGUACAAUUGCGCUUGA